AUGAAGUGUGGUGUGAGUGCAGGAGUGCCGGAGAAGGAGCGAGAAGUGCUGCAGAAGCUGAAGGAGCUGGUGGACAAACAGAGGGACGAGCUGCGGUCCACAGAACACGAACUCUCUCUGAGGAACGACGACGUGGAGGCGCUCCAGCUGCAGCAGAAGCGUGUGAUGAAAAUGAACCAGGAGCUGCAACACCGGCUCAGUGUGGUGGAGGCCCAGGGGAAGGUUCUGGUGCAGGGCAAGGUCGAGAUGGAGGCUGUGGCCCAGGCACGGACGCAGGAGCUGGGGCAGCUGCGGCGGGAGGUGUCCCGGCUGCAGAGAGAGCUGCAGGAUCUGGAGACACACGUGAGCUCGGAGACUGCGGAUCUCUCAUCUGUGGGAAACGACACAGACAGUGAUGGGUCCGAGUCAGAGGCCCCACACUUUACCCUCCAGGAGCUGAGGGACGUCCUGUAUGAGAAGAACCAGCUCAAGGCCCAGGUGUUGGUGCUGCAGGAGGAGCUGGCCUACUACAAACAGGAGAGUGACGAGGACUACAGUGAGAGUGUGUGUGGUCCAUACGAGGAUAACACAGACUCUGCUGCUGCUGCUGAGGAGGAGCCCGAGUCCGGCAUACGCAAACUGAUCUUCACGGCCAUCAUGCCCAUGGUGGCAGCUGGUCUGAUCUCUGAUGACCCCGCCCUGAUGCCCAUAAGAAGACUGGUUUCCAUCAGCUAA